AUGGCGACCACGUCGGAAGCCAAGAACGAGAAGCUCGACAUCUCGCCGGCGACACCCGCCGUGAGCGACGGCAAUGGCUCACUGAAGGAGGCCGAGCUGGAGAGCCACGAGGUGUUUCAGAAGAAUGCCGAUGGCGUCGAUUUCCGGAAUGUGAGCUGGCAGCGGGCGACUAUCAUCUUUCUCAAGAUCAUCUUUGCGACUGGUGUCCUCUCCAUCCCGACGGCCAUGUACAGCUAG